UUUAGAAGUUUGAAAAGUAAGUUGGGCGGGGACUCAUUUAUAUUUGAGUGCUGCUAAACAAACACAUAUAUUCCUCAAAGGAAUCACUGUCAACUCUUAUCUUGUAUGUAUUGAAAUAUGGCGGAAGAUCCCCUCUUACCACAUCUCUGGUCUAUUAAAUCAGCAUUAGAAGAUUUACCCAAAAAAGAAGCAGAUCUACAGCAGCUUGUGGAUCAUUGCAUCCAAUCCUUCAAGUCUAAUCCUCUCUAUCAAAACGACAUCAGAUUUCUCAAGAUUUGGCUUAUUUAUAUUGAUUUAAGUCCCGAGUAUGAGGCUGCUUUCAGAGAAAUGGAAGAGUACAAAAUAUGCUUGGAUAAAUCUUUGCUAUAUGAGUCGUAUGCGUUGUUGCUGGAAUCAAAGGGGAUGAUGAGAGAGGCUCAUUUAGUGUAUCAAUCAGGGAUUUCAAGGAAUGCAGAACCAACAGGGAGGUUGAAGAAAGCACAUGUAUGUUUUCUUGAGAGAAUGCAAGCAAUAGUCGAUGCUUGUUCACUUCCCAAGACGGAUGGCAGAUCUACUCUUGAGAAUGGCUGUCAGAAUCCCUGGUCAAUCUUAAUUAUCAAAAAUCUGUUGCACAAGAUGAAUGAUCAAAUAACAAAAUAUGAAGGGUACCAUGCGAGUAGUAAAUGCUAUUCGGGGAAGGUGGCAUUAUCAUCUUUGCACAAGUCUGUUAGGAAUAGGGUUAUUGAGAUAGGGGGAAGGAAGUAUCAGAUAAAGGGUUGUGCUGGUAAGGGUGGGUUUGCACAAGUAUACAAGGCCUGUAUGUUAAGUAAUGCUGACGAGGUUGUUGCCUUAAAGAUUCAAAAGCCUCCAUUCCCAUGGGAGUUCUACAUGUAUCGCCAACUUGAUAAGAGGAUCCUCGAAAAUGAUAGGGUGUGCUUUGGAUAUGCUCAUAGAUUGCACCUCUAUUCAGACUACAGCAUUCUUGUUUCAGAUUUUUUAGCUCAUGGGACACUUUUGGAUGCCAUAAAUACCUACGCGUGUACUGGUACCUCCAUGGAUGAAGUUCUGUGUAUAUAUUACACCAUAGAGAUGCUCUCAAUGCUUGAAAGUCUGCAUUGUAAUGGGAUCAUUCAUGGUGAUGUUAAGCCUGACAAUCUCUUGAUGCGCUAUGCUAGGCGUGAUCUAAUAGAAGAUGAGUUUCAGACCCGUACUGGUUCUUGGCAUGAACAGGGACUGUGCCUUGUUGACUGGGGUAGAGGAAUAGACCUCCGCCUAUUUCCUAACAAGAUAAAGUUCAAUGGAGAUUGUCGAACGUCCGGUUUUCGUUGUUUACAAAUGCAAGAGAAUAGGCCGUGGACAUAUCAGGUUGAUACUUAUGGCCUUUGUGUCAUUGUUCAUCUGAUGCUUCACAAUUCUUAUAAUAUGGAGAUUGAGAAGAAAGCAUCUGCUGAUGGUGGCUACUCAUAUCAACCUAAAUCUCCUUUCAAACGAUACCAAAAAGUUGAACUUUGGAGAAAACUUUUCACAGAUUUACUUAACAAUGAUAAUGAUGAGGAGCAUUUGAAGAUAUUGGGAAAUUUAAGGACAUCCUUCCAGGACUACAUGUGCUCAAAUCCUCAUUUGAUUAAACAGCUAAAGAAGUCACUCACAAAGCAAAGAAUUUCAAUGUGUUCCUCCUAGUUCCAACUUCCCAUAUAUAUUUUAACUUGAAACUUACAUAUUAUGAGUAAUAGUAUGAGUCGACUCGAGAUAUCCAAUUUGCACAUUCUACUAGCAUACAUGCUUCAUGUUAUUGUAUAGUUAAACAUUUUAAAGCAUGUUUAGUGGUGAAGGGCAAAAAUGAUGGUGUGAUGAUCAUCACCUAUUUUGUUA